AUGGAGUGGGAGGUCGACAAGAGAGAAAUGAAAGCCAUCGGAGCUGAGCUGCUACUGAACGGAUGGCGCGGAGUGAACCCGCUUGAGCUCGAAAGUUCGAUUGAAGGUCUUGCACUGCUCCAAAGAAAGUUGCAGGCAGUGGUAGCGGAAAAACUAAAACAAAGGCACAUGAUUCAGGAAAGAAAAGAAGUGUUGCAAAAACUGGGAGUAGCUCACAACCAAUUAUUGGAUCUGGAAGUAGCAGCUCACAACCAACCAGCAGCUCACAACCCACCAGCAGCUCACAACCAACCAAAGGGAAUACAAGCAGCUCACAGCAAAUUAAAGGGAGUAGCUUACAACCAACCAAAGGGAACAAAAGCAGCUCGUAGCCAUAAAAGAAAGGACAUAGCUCUGUAAUUCAAAGUGGUGAAAGUGUAAGGAAGAGUAUCAAUAUCAGUGGCAGUGGACUUCCACUUCCCAGUGGGUCUGCAAUUGGGCUUAGGGGGUCAACCAUUAUAAAAAAUUUGGAAUGUACUGGUUCGAGAGGUCCCAAAGGCAUUGGGAUGAUUGCAAGGUCGAAGAUGAAGAAGAAUGACAAGAAUCCCAGUGAUGAAAAUGGGAAAGGCAGCUCUAAGGGAG